UCUCUUCACUGCUAAAAAAUUCUAGUCCACCGGCUGACUCUCCUCUUCAUCCUCUCACUUCUUCACUUCAUUCACUAUUUUACUACUGACCUACAUCUUCAUCCCCCCUUUGGAAAUCGCCUCCCCACAAAAUGGACAUUGACACCUACACCCCCCUCAACCCCCACUCAACCCCCCUCUCAUACCCCCUCCUCCUCCCCCUGACCCCAGUGGAAUCCACUUAUUCCCUCCCCACUUGGCGCACCUGGUUCACCACCCACUGGACUUACUCCAUCCUCAUCUCCGUUAUCUACGUCGUGCUUAUCUUCACGAUCCAAAUUCUGAUGAAGAAUCGGCGUCCCUUUGAAUUAAGGAAGUUUUUAACCGUUUGGAACUUUGCUUUGGCCCUUUUUUCCCUCGGGGGGACCUUAAGGACCUGGCCCGAGAUGGGGUUUAUCCUGUGGGGGGAGGGGGGCGGGGGGUGGUGGGGGAGCUGCUGUUCCAGAAACCACCACAACGUGGGUGCGGCUUUUUGGGGGCUGCUCUUCACCUUGUCCAAAGCCGUUGAAUUGGGGGACACCGUGUUUAUUGUUUUAAGGAAGCAGCCACUUAUCUUUCUUCAUUGGUACCACCACAUCACGGUGCUGACCUACACGUGGUACACGUACCCCACCUACGACGCCACCUCCAGAUGGUUCAUGGUCAUGAACUACCCCGUCCACGCCCUCAUGUACUCUUAUUAUGGACUCAAAUCGCUCCGCCUGCUCCGCAUCCCCCGUCCGAUCUCCAUGCUGAUCACGCUCUUACAGCUCUCGCAAAUGGUCCUCGGCGUCGUCGUCAACUGCUACGCCGUGUGGGUGCUGAAGUUUACCGACCGGGAUUGCGUGGUUAAGGAGGAGCACUUGACCCUGGCGCUGGUCAUGUAUGCGAGUUAUUUCGCACUGUUUGCCAAGUUUUUCUGGGGGGCCUAUGGCAAGAGGAGGAGUGCUGGGGGGAGGAGUCAAAAGGAGGUUAAAUUAAGUAAAUCAGAGUGAGUUAUUUAUUGGUGUUUUAGAGGUUAAUCGUUAUUGUAAUAAUAAAGAAAUUGCUAUUGUUUCCAUGGAAA